GUGAGGCCAGGGGCUGACGUCACUUCCGGAGCCUGCCAGCCUGUGGCCGGUGCUCGAGCUUCUUCCUCUUUCUGUCACGAUGGCGUCUGUAGCCGACACAAAGCUCUACGAUAUCCUCGGAGUCAGCUCCGGAGCCACAGAGAACGAACUCAAGAAGGCAUACCGCAAAUUGGCUAAAGAAUACCAUCCGGAUAAAAAUCCAAAUGCUGGAGACAAGUUUAAAGAAAUAAGCUUUGCAUAUGAAGUUUUAUCAAAUCCAGAGAAGCGUGAACUUUAUGAUCGUUAUGGUGAACAAGGCUUGCGAGAAAGUGGUGGCGUUGGAAGUGGGAUGGAUGAUAUCUUCUCUCAUAUCUUUGGUGGGGGUCUCUUUGGAUUCAUGGGUGGUCAGAGUAGAAACCGCAACAGCAGACGAAGAGGAGAGGAUAUGGUGCAUCCCCUUAAGGUAUCUUUAGAAGACUUGUAUAAUGCAAAAACAACCAAACUGCAACUAAGCAAAAAUGUCCUGUGUAGCGCAUGUAAUGGCCAGGGUGGCAAGGCAGGAGCUGUUCAGAAAUGCAGUGCUUGCAGGGGACGAGGUGUAAGGAUUAUGAUUAGACAGUUGGCACCAGGAAUGGUUCAGCAGAUGCAGUCUGUGUGUUCUGAUUGUAAUGGAGAAGGUGAAGUUAUUAAUGAAAAAGAUCGAUGCAAGAAAUGUGAGGGAAAGAAGGUGGUAAAAGAAGUGAAAAUUUUAGAAGUUCACAUAGAUAAAGGCAUGAAGCAUGGGCAGCGUAUUACAUUCAGUGGAGAAGCAGACCAGUCUCCUGGUGUGGAACCUGGUGAUAUUAUCCUUGUACUACAAGAGAAGGAUCAUGAGGUGUUUCAAAGAGAAGGAAAUGACUUGCACAUGACCCACAAAAUUGGUCUUGUUGAGGCACUCUGUGGCUUUCAAUUCACAUUCCAACAUUUGGAUGGACGGCAGAUUGUUGUGAAAUAUCCUCCAGGAAAGGUUAUUGAGCCAGGUUGUGUUCGUGUUGUUAAAGGCGAAGGAAUGCCGCAGUAUCGUAAUCCAUUUGAAAAAGGCAACUUAUAUAUCAAGUUUGAUGUUCAGUUCCCUGAAAAUAAUUGGAUUAGCCCUGAAAAAAUAGCUGAACUAGAAGAUCUACUCCCAGCCAGGCCAGAUGUUCCUGAUGUGAUUGGUGACAUUGAGGAAGUUGAUCUGCAGGAGUUUGAUAGUACCCGUGGCUCUGCAGGAGGACACCGACGGGAAGCCUACAAUGAUAGCUCUGAUGAUGAAAGUGGCCACCACACUGGCCCUGGUGUACAGUGUGCCCAUCAGUAAACUUUGGUAAAACACUUGCAAACCAUGUUCUGUUCAGUUUUGGAUAUUUUCAGAUUUCAUCUGGUUUUGUUAAAGAGCCAAACUGGACUUUAUGUCACAACUCAAUCCAGAGGAACUCUGAUGGACAUCUCUUUGCUGUAUAUGUAACUUUUAAUUAUAUUUACCGAAUGUAUAAUUUAAAGUAAACUAACCAUGGCACAGUGUGAGGUGCUCAAUUCUUUGAGACCUAUGCAGGGGCGCAGCUGGUGCGAAUUAAACUGGUAUCACAAAUUUUGUCUGUCCUUGUAUCUCUGCUUUUUUUUUAAAGAAAAGUUUCUGUAAAUUCUUUGCUUUUCUUCUGCUACCAUUUUAAAAAAUGUUUUCCUGAUGUUGUAUGGCCCUUAUUUGUGUACACUUGAUGUAUGGGCUGAAAUCACAAGAGCUGCUAACAUAAGUAGAAAUAAAGAAUUUAGUGGUGCGCAUAUCUCCAAACAGCUGCAUGUCAACCCAAGUCGAGCUGCAUCUAUAAGUUUUCUAGUGCUUCAACAAAAAAUGUUAAAGCAAAGUAACAGAUAAUGUGGUUACGCGGUUCUUUUCUAGAAUCCUGAAAGUUCUGUGGUUGUUAAGUGAUAAAUUCAAAUUGCAACAGUGAAUUAUUUUAAAACUCUGAACCCAUGCUUGGAAGCAGGCUCAAUUCUGUUUGCUUUAUAAAGUUUGGGCAGUUUUUUUUGCUUUUCCUCCAUCCCUCCCAUUGCCUUAAAUUCUGGCAAAGCCUUUGGACCAUUCUGUAUUGUGACAAUGAUUUAAAAUGUUUUUUUCAUGCUCAAACUGUAAGUAGUUAUUUCUGAAGUCCAAAAUUGAGUCAUCUGUUAAAAUGUUUGUUCAAAUUAAAAGUUUUGAAAAAAAUUA